AAGAGCUUGGCAGGCUGAGCAGAUCAAGGUUCUUGCAGUCUGAAAGAUGAGGAUCCUUCUGCUAAUAUUACUUUGCUGCUUCACUUUCAAUGAAAUUCGAGGAAAUCAGRACUACGAAAUAACUUACCCUGAAAGAUUGCAUCAACGUCGCCUUAAACGCGAUCUUUCUACUGACACAGAGGAAGGACAUGAAGAUUCAGCGACUUUUACUUUGAAUGCUUUCAAGAAAAGUUGGAUUCUGGAUGCAAAUCGUAACAAGCAAUUGAUUCCAAACACGUUUGUAGCACGACAAUUUGAUUCUGAUGAUAGURAAAUCAUAUCGAGAGAAGCUCCGAAAGGCUGUCAUUACCAAGGUUCUAUUCGUGGCAAUCCAGACUCUGUGGUUGUUUUGAACACAUGCAGUGGACUAACGGGAAUAAUCGAUGACGGAACAGAAAGCUACAACAUUGAACCUCACGAUGACUAUCAGGAAACUGGUGCACACAGAAUUUAUGCCACAAAAGAUGAUGAGCAGUUUGAUUCCCAUAAGCACUGCGGGACACAGGAUGGUGAGCAAUCCUUUGACUCUAACGCCAAAGAGUCAAAGAUAAAAAAGACAAUCAAGAGGUUACGUCGUAAUCUUGGUCAUGUGGUGAACAUGGAAGAGGUUUAUCGGCCAUACCUGACAACAGAUGAGACCCGCUAUAACGAAGUGCUGUUUGUGGUUGACAACGGUGUGUACCAGCGAUAUGGCAAUGACUCAAAGACUGUAACAGAGAAAGUUGCUAUCUUGUGCAAUGCAGUUGACGCAGUGUAUCAAAGAAUYAAUGUACGAAUUGUCUUUUCUGCCAUUGAAAUCUGGUCAAAUGGCGACCGAAUGGAACGCAAAGCCACCGGUGGUGCAGAGCUUGGCGAAUUUGGAAGCUACCGUAAAAAAAACCUGAUUGGRAAAAUCCCUCACGAUAAUGCUCAUUUCCUUAGUCAUCAUGGUUGGGGGAAUGUAGCCGGGAUGGCCUGGGUUGGAACAAUGUGUGGUUCGCUUUCAGCCGCUGUCAAUACGUGGUCAUUUGGAGGAAUAAYAGGUCCUUUGGUAGUAGUUGCUCAUGAAAUGGGUCAUAACUUUGGCUAUAACCAUAACACAGAUCAGUGCAAGUGCUUGACUCGCAAAGGAUGCUUUAUGGGAGGCCACAAAACUCGUGUCCCUGGAUUCUCUGACUGCAACUUGAACAGUAUGAAGAAAAUUAAUGACAAAUGCCUGUACAAUGUGCCAACACAGGCUCUCAAUGCUCGAUGUGGAAAYGGUAUCAGAGAAGGAGACGAGGAAUGUGACUGUGGCACACCUGAGAUGUGUAAAAAGAAAGAUCCGUGUUGCCAGCCUCAUAACUGUCAGCUCAAACCCUCGGCUAUGUGUAGCGAUUCACAUCAUUCAUGCUGCAAAGAUUGUCAGUACAAAAAGCAGGGCUCACUUUGCAGAGCAGUGAAGACUGACUGCGACGUUCCUGAAUACUGUCCUGGAGACUCAAGAGAUUGYCCUGCUGAUUCAGUCAUUUUGGAUGGAACACCAUGCAACAGAACUAAUAAGUUGAUAAUAGCAAAYACAAACCGCGGGUCCGUUGUUAAAAAUACGUUGUCUCCUCGCAUUGAGGCCCGAUAUGUACGUAUCAACCCUCAAUAUUGGAAUGGGUGGAAUUGUUUGAGAACUGAGUUUCUUGGAUGCUCUGCUGAUAAAGUGAAUCCAACAAUGCCAACACCAUUAAAAGCAUACAAUGAUUUUUGCAUCGUACCAAAGAAUGAAACAUGUAAGCCUAGUGAGAACAGCAGGAUUGUAUUUAAGUCCGGUUAUGAAUGUAAGGAAAACUACAUGGAAUUCAAACUGGACUCCAAUGGAAUCUUAUGGCAUGAAUGCAGUCAACAUCGUGUUUGUCCAGAAAAUGGAGGCACAUGGAAUGGCGUAAAACUGGUWAUCAGUAGCAGCUGUAAAGACGAAGACUCAAAGUUCGUCAGAACAUCAAAGCAUUCCCUUAAACACGUUAAGAGCGGAAAGUGCGUCCAUCCUAGUGGAGGUUGGCCUGGUAAUGGUAGAGAAUUGGUAUUAUGGGGCGGAUGUGAUAUAACAAGACUAGAGAUAAACUUUAUAAAGCCUGACUGCAUGGUUCCUCUUGGAAUCAGAAGUGGAGCAAUUCCUGACAAACAGAUGACAGCAUCUUCAACGAGAGGAAACGAUUUGCCUAGUAAUGCUAGACUACACAGCAGCAAGUACUGGUGCGCAGCCGAGAAGAAGAAAACGGAAUACUUGCAGAUUGACUUAGGAACGACCCARACAAUCGCCCAUAUUCUCAUCCAGGGACGUGGRAACUGGUACGAUUGGGUUACUGGUUAUCAUCUAUUGUACAGUCAAGAUGGUGUCCGUUGGACUGGUUACACAGAGAGUGGAGAUGYGUUGCAUUCAAACUCUUACUGUUAUCUUGGGAAGUGUGCCGAGACACCAGAUACACAAUGCAGAGAUCUUUGGGGAGCAGAAACCAAUGAUGCAGCGCAAGGUUGUUAUGAUAAGCUGAACACAGAGGCCAAAGGAUAUGGAACGUGUGACCCAUUCUCUAAUUCAUCUUGUGCCGCAGCAGACGUGAGAUGCGGGCAAAUUCAGUGUCUGUCAAAAAGAAGCACACCUCUGGUCAAUUAUGGUAAAAGCUACACGAAAAUUUCAACGGACUCUUUGCAGUGCAGCGCUGCAGUUCUCGAAAAUACUGAUUCGGUUGGCUCUGGGAUGGUAAAAGAUGGAACAAAAUGCGGCAGCAAUAAGAUGUGCAAAAACUUCCGAUGCAAGUCAUUCACCGACCUAAACAUCAAGGCGUGUCCACUUGUCAAUCAAAAGACAUGUAAUGGCCAAGGAUAUUGCAUAAGUAAAGGCGUAUGUCAAUGUUUUGAGCACUAUGAUCCCAAAACAGGCUGUGAAAAAGCUCUACCUGCUCAGGACGGUGGSUUUAGUAAAUGGUCUCAGUGGUCUAUCUGUUCUGCUGGCUGUAAUGGUGGUAAACAAACUCGUCAUCGAUUUUGUAACAACCCGUAUCCAAAGUAUGGUGGGAAAGACUGUGAUGGAAAGCUGCAAGAAGAACAGGAUUGCAACAAAGACGCUUGUCCAAAGGCUCAUUCUUGUCGACACCUACAGUCGAUUGCUAACGCCAACAACAAACUCCUCCCCGACGGCAUAUACGAUAUCUACCCUCAAGGUGUUUCCAGUGCUCCAGUCAAGGCUUACUGUGACUUAACACGCGAUGGUGGCGGAUGGACACUAUUGGUUACCAGUCAUACCAAUACGUGGACCAAAGAUAAUGUUGAACUAAGAAAUGCUGACAAACCAAGUUUAACUAGCGACUACUCAAUAUUGAAACAUGCUGAUCUCAUCAAGGAUCACUUGAACGUUAUUGGUGGAAAAUUUGARUAUCGGUUAGAGGCACAAAAGCCAGAUCGUUGGGGAGGGAUUUGGAAGGCAGAUCGUUCUUUCACCUUCACAGCAAAAAACAAUGGACAAACCAAUGUUWAUCUUCUAAAGAAAUUCGAUAACUGGAAGUACAGCGACAAUGGCAUCGAAAAAAGAAUGCCUUGGAUUUCAGAAGCAAAGCUUACAACAUCCGCAAGUGCAAGCCAGAGAUGGUGGGGGUCAAUUACAGGUAAUGAAAAGAACUAUCACCCUGCGCCGUGGAUUUCGGGACAUCUCAUGGAAAGUCAACCCGAAUACAUUUGGUACUGGAUGCGCGAAGGCCCUUGGAARCUUCCAAGGUCUUGUAUGGAAAUACAAAUGAGAGGACUCCAAACAGCACCCUACAAAGAUGGCAUUUACACUAUCAAACCUCCUGGAAAACAACCAAUCAAGACAUACUGUGACCUGACAACUCGUGGUGGUGGAUGGACGCUGUUGGUAACAAGUAAAACGGGCUCGGGUUGGACAUCUGACAAUGUCAAAUCUAGAAAUUCUGAUCAACCAUCUCUGAAUAACGAUUUCUCUAUUCUUGGAGUUGCUGAUGCAAUUAAAGACUUUGAUCUAUCGCAAGAUUUCUUCCAAUAUCGCAUCGAAGCUGAUGGCAAAAGCCAAUAUGGUGGUAUCUUUGAUGCCCCACAAAAGUACACUUUUACAUCAACAUGUGACAAACAGACUGACGUUAAACUAGUAGAAAACUUCAACAGCAUAAGCACAGGUUCAAAUCUGGCUAAACGCAUGCCGAGACUUGGGAUGUCUUCUUCUAUAUUCUUAAGCACUGGUUCUACAACUGGAGAUGCAUCUGGUUCCAUUGUCUUUAGCAGAGAUUCUACUGAUUCUCCUUCAUACUUGCCAUCAGUAAAACCCAAACCUGGAGUCGUCCGAUACUGGAUGAGAGAAGGAACAAGACGUUCGUGCUUUGAUAUCAAAAUCCAUGGCAGUAGAAGAUUGGUAUCGUUUGAGGAUAACUUCUACAUGAUUCGACUACUUAAUGACUCGAGUUAUCUACCAGUCUUCUGCGACAUGACUUCAGAUGCUGGAGCUUUCACUUUGGUCGUAACCAGUCGCCAUAAUAGUUGGAGACGAGACCAGGUCCCUGCCAGAAACAUCUAUCAGCCGUCCUUAAAUGGGGACUACUCGAUCCUUAAGUACGCCGAUCUCAUUAAAAAUUUAGGCCACAAUAGCACCUUCAAGUACAAACUUGACGCCAAUCAACGGGGACAUUGGGGAGGGGUAUGGAGUGCUCCACACCAAUACAGCUUCAUGGCGACAUCAAACAGCCAAACCAAUGUAAAACUCCUAAAGAAGUUUGAUAGCUGGGAAYUUUCAUGGUGGAAAAGCGUACAGAACAGAAUGCCGUGGUUUGAUGCCAAAGGAACAGCCAAAAAAGCUCUGUUGACAACAAGCGGUGGAACAACAUAUUAUCCAGCUGGUUCUAUAAUUUGGGGAGACGAACAAUACAAUCCAGCCUAUUGGAUUCGAUAUUCCGGUAUGCUAAACCCUGGCGUCAUUUGGUACUGGGUCAAUGAAGAUGACUGUGAUGCUGACAGAAAACCAGUUCAUGGUGGAAUGUCAGAGUGGAGCGCAUGGUCAAAAUGUGACAAAUUGUGUGCCAAUGGCAAGCAACGACGUUAUAAGACCUGUACAAACCCUGCCCCAAAGUGCGGUGGCAAUCCAUGUGAUGCAACAUCGAAGACGUUCGAAGAGAAAGUGUGCAAUGUUUGCCCAGAAAGUCCAAUCAGAUCCUACGGAGAUUACUGUGUGCAACCAAAAAGUGGUGACUGUAAUCCAAUACAAAAUAAAACCACGUGGAGUCACGCCCUUAUCUUCAAACGCGGUGACAAGAACUGUUCAGCGAACUACAUGAACUUUCUUUUUGACUCCGAUGGUGUUAUCCACCAUAAAUGUAGCGGAAAGGUUGUUUGUCCGGAAGGUAAUUAUCCUCACUCAGGUAAAAAACUUCUGUUGAUGGAUGAUUGUCCCAAWGACGUUUCCAAACACAAAAG